AUGAAUGGUGAUUUGCUUCGUAUGCGUUUCUGUGCACAUAUUCUCAAUCUUAUUGUCCAAGAUGGCUUAUCUCUAAUUAAAUUUGAGAUUGAGAGAAUCAGAGAGAAUGUUGCAUUUUGGUCUGCAUCACCAAAGAGGGAGCAAAAUUUUGUGAUAGCAGCAGAACAGUUGCGAAUACGAUACUCGAAGAAGUUGAUACUUGACUGCAAGACGCGGUGGAAAUCUACAUUCUUGAUGUUGAGUGUUGCUAUAAGCUACAAAGAAGUUUUCGAUCAGAUUGGGUAUUCUUUGCGUGAGUGGACGAAAUCUCUUAUUGAGGAGAUUAGGGAUAUGGUUGACCAAAUGGUUUCUCAGUUCAAUAAGUAUUGGUUUGUAAUUCAUGGGAUAAUGGGAAUGGCAGCGGUUUUAGAUCCACGAUACAAGUUAAAGUUUGUGGAGUUACUUUUGCCUGUGCUUUAUGGAGAAGAAAAGGCAAAGAUUGAACUUCAAAAUUUGGAGUCGUUUGUCCAAACUUUGUUUCAAGAGUAUGAGUCAAGUGUUUAUGGUGGUUCAGUUCCCGAUUCAUCUUCAUUUGGUUCUAGUAUCUCUUCUGGUAAUCGUGUUGGAUUCAAUAAGAUCUUAUCGGAUAUUGCUUCUAUUACUAGAGAUGAUGAUGAAUCAGGAGGUAUGAGUGAGUUGGAUAACUACUUGAAGGAGAAAUUGUUGCCUAAAGACAUGGAAAUUGAUUUGUUGGCGUGGUGGAAAACAAAUGGGAUUAAGUACCCGACACUACAAAGGAUAGCUAAAGAUAUAUUAGCUAUUCCUGUUUCCACUGUUGCCUCGGAAUCAGCUUUCAGCACUAGUGGAAGAUUAAGACCGAGGCAAAUUGCCGUUCAGUUGAAUUUGAUUAUGAUGUGGAAGAGGUAA